AUGGAUCAGAACCAGCUGGACCGAGAGAGAUUCAGCUGUUCCAUCUGUCUGGAUCUACUGAAGGAUCCGGUAGCUGUUCCCUGUGGACACAGCUACUGCAUGAACUGUAUUAAAAGUCACUGGGAUGGAGAGGAUGAGAAGAGAGUCUACAGCUGUCCUCAGUGCAGACAGACCUUCACACCGAGGCCUGUCCUGGGGAAAAACACCAUGUUAGCAGAUUUAGUGGAGGAGCUGAAGAAGACUGGACUCCAAGCUGCUCCUGCUGAUCAGUGCUACGCUGGACCUGAAGAUGUGGCCUGUGACGUCUGCACCGGGAGGAAACUGAGAGCCAGUAAGUCCUGUCUGCAAUGUCUGGCUUCUUAUUGUGAGAAACACCUCCAGCCUCUUGAAGUAGCUCCAUUCAAGAAACACAAGCUGGUGGAGCCCUCCAAGAAGCUCCAGGAGAACAUCUGCUCUCGUCAUGAUGAGGUGAUGAAGAUGUUCUGUCGUACUGAUCAGCAGUCUAUCUGUUAUCUCUGUUUAAUGGACGAACAUAAAGGCCACGACACGGUCUCAGCUGCAGCAGAAAGGACUGAGAGGCAGAGAGAGCUGGAGGGGAGUCGACUGAACAUCCAGCAGAGAAUCCAGGACAGAGAGAAAGAUGUGGAGCUGCUUCAACAGGAGGUGGAGGCUAUCAACGGCUCAGCUGAUAAAGCAGUGGAGCACAGUGAGGAGAUGUUCACUGAGCUGAUCCGUCUCAUGGAGAAAAGACGCUCUGAUGUGAAGCAGCAGGUCAGAUCCCAGCAGGAAACUGAAGUGAGUCGAGUCAAAGAGCUUCAGGAGAAGCUGGAGCAGGAGAUCACUGAGCUGAAGAGGAGAGACGCUGAGCUGCAGAAGCUGGCACACACAGAGGACCACAACCAGUUUCUACAGGACUACCCCUCACUGUCAGGACUCAGUGGACCUGCAGACUCAUCCAGGAUCAAGACCCGUCCUUUGAGGUACUUUGAGGAUGUGACAGCGGCUGUGUCAGGAGUCAGAGAUAAACUACAGAAUGUUCUGAGAGAGGAAUGGACAAACAUCUCACAGACAGGGACUGAAGUGGAUGUUUUACUGUCAGAACCAGAACAGACCAGAGCUGAGUUCUUAAAAUACUCACGUGACAUCACACUGGAUCCAAACACAGUGAACACAUGGCUGUUAUUAUCUGAUGGGAACAGAAAAGCAACAUUAAUGGAUCAACAUCAGUCUUAUUCUAGUCACCCAGACAGAUUCACUGAUGAUCAUCAGGUCCUGAGUGGAGAGGGUCUGACUGGACGUUGUUACUGGGAGGUGGAGUGGAGAGGAAGAGGAGUUUCUGUAGCAGUCGCAUACAAGAAUAUCAGCAGAGCAGGGGACUCUGAUGAAUGUGUGUUUGGACGCAAUGACAAAUCUUGGUCUUUACAUUGUUCCAACAACAGUUAUAACUUUAGGUACAAGAAUGUGCAGACUCUGUCUCAGGGUCCUCAGUCCUCCAGAGUAGGAGUGUACCUGGAUCACAGAGCAGGUAUUCUGUCCUUCUACAGCGUCUCUAAAACCAUGACUCUCCUCCACAGAGUCCAGACCACAUUCACUCAGCCUCUACAUGCUGGACUCAGGAUUUAUUCUGUAUUUGGUGUAACUGAUGGAUUCUCAGCUGAGUUAUGUAAAGUGAAAACCAUGUCUCACACACCCAUGCACAUCACCAACACACCUACACCUUCUGAAGUUGGGUGUAACCAUCUUUCUGAGGAAGUGAAACUCAGACCGUCACUGAGAGGAGAAAUGGCGCAGCAAGGAAACCAGCUGGACCGAGAGAGAUUCUGCUGUUCCAUCUGUCUGGAUCUGCUGAAGGAUCCUGUAGCUGUUCCCUGUGGACACAGCUACUGCAUGAACUGUAUUAAAAGUCACUGGGAUGGAGAGGAUGAGAAGAGAGUCUACAGCUGUCCUCAGUGCAGACAGACCUUCACACGGAGGCCUGUCCUGAGGAAAAACACCAUGUUAGCAGAUUUAGUGGAGGAGCUGAAGAAGACUGGACUCCAAGCUGCUCCUGCUGAUCACUGCUAUGCUGGACCUGAAGAUGUGGCCUGUGACGUCUGCACCGGGAGGAAACUGAGAGCCAGUAAGUCCUGUCUGCAGUGUCUGGCUUCUUACUGUGAGAAACACCUCCAGCCUCAUCUUGAAGCAGCUCCAUUUAAGAAACACAAGCUGGUGGAGCCCUCCAAGAAGCUCCAGGAGAACAUCUGCUCUCGUCAUGAUGAGGUGAUGAAGAUGUUCUGCCGUACUGAUCAGCAGUCUAUCUGUUAUCUCUGCUCUGUGGACGAACAUAAAGGUCACGACACGGUCUCAGCUGCAGCAGAAAGGACUGAGAGGCAGAGAGAGCUGGAGGGGAGUCGACUGAACAUCCAGCAGAGAAUCCAGGACAGAGAGAAAGAUGUGAAGCUGCUUCAACAGGAGGUGGAGGCUAUCAACGGCUCCGCUGAUAAAGCAGUGGAGCACAGUGAGGAGAUGUUCACUGAGCUGAUCCGUCUCAUGUUGAAAAGACGCUCUGAUGUGAAGCAGCAGGUCAGAUCCCAGCAGGAAACUGAAGUGAGUCGAGUCAAAGAGUUUCAGGAGAAGCUGGAGCAGGAGAUCACUGAGCUGAAGAGGAGAGACGCUGAGCUGCAGAAGCUGGCACACACAGAGGACCACAACCAGUUUCUACAGGACUACCCCUCACUGUCAGGACUCAGUGGAUCUACACACUCAUCCAGGAUCAAGACCUGUCCUCUGAGGUACUUUGAGGAUGUGACAGCGGCUGUGUCAGGAGUCAGAGAUAAACUACAGAACGUUCUGAGAGAGGGAUGGACAAACAUCUCACAGACAGGGACUGAAGUGGAUGUUUUACUGUCAGAUCCAGAUCCAGAGAACAUGACCAGAGCUGAGUUCUUAAAAUACUCACGUGACAUCACACUGGAUCCAAACACAGCACACACACGGCUGUUAUUAUCUGAUGGGAACAGAAAAGUAAUAGUACUGGGACAACCUCAGUCUUAUUCUAGUCACCCAGACAGAUUCACUGAUUAUCAUCAGGUCCUGAGUGGAGAGGGUCUGACUGGACGUUGUUACUGGGAGGUGGAGUGGAGAGGAGGAGGAGUUUUUGUAGCAGUCGCAUACAAGAAUAUCAGCAGAGCAGGGAACUCUGAUGAAUGUGUGCUUGGACGCAAUGACAAAUCUUGGGCUUUAGAUUGUGACAUCUUCAGUUAUAACUUCUGGUACAACAAAGUGGAGACUCCUGUCUCAGGUCCUCAGUCCUCCAGAGUAGGAGUGUACCUGGAUCACAGAGCAGGUAUUCUGUCCUUCUACAGCGUCUCUGAAACCAUGACUCUCCUCCACAGAGUCCAGACCACAUUCACUCAGCCUCUACAUGCUGGACUCUGGAUUUAUUUUCCCUUUCUUAUUGGUUUCCCUGUUGGAUCAGCUGAGUUGUGUAAACUGAAGUAGACUGAAGUCAUUUCAGGGACAGUGGGUUCAGUUUUGUGUUUUAUCUCUUCCACUUGUUUUGUCUUCCUGUUUGUUGCUGAGAGCUGAUUGUUGUUGCAUUUCCUCGCCUGUCAAUCAAACAUGUGGGCGGGACUUUGACGUCUUAAUAUCUGUUGUGUUGUUUUGAGUUUUGCUUCUGAUUAUGCGAUGCUAAAUUUAACUUUAUGCUAUUACGUAAUGUUCAGUAAAACGAGGAAGUAUAAUAAGACUACAACUUUUCAGUCACUGUUUUUCUUUUCCAUUGAAUCCCUCAUUGAGAUUUAUUUGUGGUUGAAAUGAUCUUUUCUGUGUA